AUGGAGGGUGAAAGUUCGUACUUUUCCAGUGGAUCAAAAGCAAUGGCCCGAAGAUGUAGGGGUGAGAGUCGAUUGCGACCGCGACAACAGUGCGAUUGUGGCUUGGAAAGUGUAGUCAAAACCUCUUGGACUAAAGCAAAUCCUGGGAGAAGAUUUCGAACUUGUCGGUUAAUGAAAUGGGUGGAUCCAGAAAUGGCUGAAAGUGGAAGGGUUGUUGUUCCAAACUGUAGAAAAAGAAUUAAGGGAGAAACUUGGAAUGUUGUAGAUCUCUUGGAGUCUGAAAUAACAAGUCUAAAUCGUGGGAACAAGCCAAUUAUGGGUGAUGGUCAUGUUUGCAGUGCUUGUGGUCACCUCCUUAAGAAAGAUUGA